AUGUCGCACCGGAACUACGACGAAGACUCGUUCUCUCGACUGGAUGGAACGGACCAGCAGGAGGACUUCGAAUGCUAUAAACUGGUAGAUGAAGAUGAUCACGACGUUUUGAUUUCGAGGUAUUUGUCGCAAGGCGACUGCGAAACGGCAACCUACUGGAUAGAUAGGUCAUACGCUAAAAAAUGCGAAACUUCGACCAGUAUGAUCGACUUCGCCAACUACAUCAAAGGUCUCACGAUUGUUCAUCAGUAUAAACGUGUAUCGCAGUUGAUACUCAAUCGUCAUCUUGUAAAGAAACAUAUCGUAUUUGCAUAUUACUACGUGAAUGCUCUUUUCCAUCUUCGAAUGUAUUCGGUGAUUGUUCAGCUUCCCAUAGGGAAUUUGAUGUUGACGGAUGGACUUCCUGUGAGAUAUCCCGAUUAUCACUGUGGCCUGGAAGAUUACUUGGAUUCUUUCAGUGCGGAACUUUCGGAAAGCGAUCUUGCGGCGUUGAAUAAGAUGAUGACUUCAUUAAAGCUGUUCUCUGCAUUGAUGGUGGUUUAUGGUCGGACAUAUAUUCUACUAGAGAAUCGAGAUUUUGCAUCUCGCUGUUUGAUAGCAGCGUUUUUAGGACCGCCAUUCUCUAGCAGCAGAGCAAUUGCUGAGAAACUACAAACUUGUUCCUUCUACAAGCAAAGAUCCCUGUUACCGUUUGUGACAAUCAAGUCAAGUGACUAUCAGCGAGCUAGUUUCUCUGUUGAAGAGAUGAAGAAGAUGAAACAAACCGAAAUUUCUGGUGAUCCACGACAAAAGACCGAGUUGGCUCGUGAGCUGUACCGAGAUGGCAAAGUGGCCGAAACUCUGGAAACAACAACAAUGAUAAUGGAAGAGCAUGGCCUCUACAUGGACUGCAUCAUAUUGCACGCGAAUUGCCUCUGCUACUUCCAAGAUUGGAAGAAACUGUUCCUGCUUGCUCAUGAAUUAGUCUUUUCUUUUCCCGAUCACCACUACAGCUGGUAUGUGGUUGCUGCGUACUACUUCACAUGUAAUAACAUACCUGCUGCAAAAAAUUUUAUAAACAAGUCAGCAUUGAUGAGAACAGCGUUUGGUGAAGCUUGGAUUGCGUACGGCCACAUUCUAGCUGCUGAAUCCGAAAACGAACAGGCCUUGAAUUGCUAUUAUCGGGCCGCGCGAAUCUUGCCUUGGCAUUACGAACCAAAGAUGUACAUAGGAAUGCAAUAUUGCAGAGUCGGGGUGAGAAUGGCGGAGGAAUUCCUUCGUGAAGCUUCCUGCAUCAGGUCUUGUGAUCCCGUCAUAAUGCAUGAGCGUGGAUCUUACUACUACCGCUACAGCAAGUUCCACAGUGAGAUGGUUCGCAAUGCACUUGACAAGCUUGCUCAAUUGGAAAACGAUUAUGCCAAGCGAGGUGGUGCAGAUACGGCGAGAUCCAAGAAGCCCUUAGCUGAACACGCAAAAUCUAGGCUUGCAACCAGGAAGAUGAGGCAGGAGUUGGCUCGCGCAAAUACUCGGAAAAAGAUUAUGGAUCCAGUGGAUCAACAAUGA